GCUUCUCUAAGCAUAUUUACGAAGAUACUUCCUAAUAGACCGCCAACAAUGCGUGCCGUAGCCAUUUUCAUCGUUACUCUUCUUGUUCUCGAAAGCUUCUACUUUGUCAUGUCAGCACCCGCUUGGCAAGUGAAGGCAAAGAGGCCUGCAUGUUAUAGAAAAGAAUGCACGAAAGAUGAAGAAUGCAAAAUAGGGUCCUGCUCACGUUGCAAUAAUCACGUCUGGGGACAAAACUUGCCGCUGAGAGUAGAGUAGAUCAAGGGCCUUCAUGUUCUAAUGCACGAAUAA